AUGCUUGUGAAUGCUAAACGUACUUGUUCAGUUCAUCUUGGUCUUGGAGAAUAUCAUCGAAAUACUUCAAUAGCUAGUGAUCAAACAAUCGAUUUUCUUGGUAUUGAAUAUAGUGCAAAAGAAUUUAACGUCUUCUCCUGGAAAGAUAUGUAUAAUACACCAAAUCAUCCAAUAUUAGAUGAUGUUGUUUAUUGGGAUCCACACCCUCAACCUUCGAAUGAUACAUGUUUAGGUAGUUUAUUAGUUGAACAUUAUGGUCAUCUUGAUGCACCAACCAUUAUUCGAAAUAUUACUAGUCAAUUAAGAACAGGCAAUACGCUUAAUUUAGUACUUGAUUAUGCUGAAAAUGCUGCCUAUCUAGCUUAUAGUGCUCCUGAUGACCCACAAGGGCCAUUAGAAGCUUUUAAUCGAGUUCAUACAAGACUUGACAUGGCUAAAUUAUUUGCUGAACCAGCACCAAAAUAA